AUGUCCCAAACUUCACAAGCUCCUGCUUACUUUGGACCCUAUGACAUUCAUAAAGUUGGCGUCACAAAGUUGCGGAGCAACGAGCUGCCAUCAAUCCACAAACCGGCUCACUCAGACUUUAAACCGUCAAGUGGAUUUUUUCCAAGUAUUAAACGUAUGGUUGGAGGGACCAUGACUAGACUUGAUGAGUUUCCAUGGAUGGCACUUCUAGAAUACUACACGCCUGAAGGGAUAAAAACAUCCUGUGGUGGAGCCCUCAUAAAUCAUAGGUACGUCCUAACAGCAGCUCACUGCGUCUCAGACAAGAUCUUACCUGAGGAUUGGUCCCUGACCGGAGUAAGAUUGGGCGAAUAUAAUACCGCAACAAAUCCAGAUUGCAUUGUUUUUGGUGACACUGGUGUCAUAUGCAAUGACGAGUACGUUACUGUUGGUAUCGAAAAGCUGAUUAUUCAUGAAAACUACGACACCUUUAUUCAUCGGUCUGACAUAGCCCUUAUCCGACUUUCACGUGACGUGGCUUUCACCGACUACAUUAAGCCCAUUAGUUUACCAAGUGGCCCAUACAUCCAAAAAAAACUAACAGUCGCUGGCUGGGGAAAGACCGAAAGCGGAAUCUCCUCCGAGAUUAUGCUGAAGGUCACUCUACCACUGGUAGAUCGUGAGCUGUGCUCGGAAAAAUACCAAGUCCAGAUGAUUGACAGCCAAAUUUGCGUCGGUGGUGAGAAUGGAAGGGAUUCGUGCAGAGGUGAUUCCGGUGGUCCUCUCAUGCAACGUAAUUGCUAUGACAAGUGGGAGAUAGUGGGUGUUGUUUCAUUCGGCAGUAGAUUCUGUGGGAUGCAAGACUGGCCUGGCGUCUAUACUUAUGUAUAUAACUACAUUCCUUGGAUUUUCAGCAAUAUUCAAGUGUAA